AUGAAAGAACAAGAAUUACAAACUCAGAGGUAUAUUAAAGAAAUGGAGAUAAAUGCAAAGGAAAUGGAAAUGGAAAGGAUGACUAAGAACAAAGGUAAAAGAAGACGGGGGGAUAAUACACUCAUAGAUAGUUGGAUCGAUGAGAGUUUAUUCGAUGCUUUAGAAGAAGAAGAUAUUGAUAGAAGCUCUAUCCCAACUCCUUGUACAUGGAUUAAUAGAGAUCGAGAAGCAGGACAUGAUUGCCUUUUUCAAGAUUACUUUGCAGAUGAGCCGAUGUAUAAUGCUGAUAUUUUUCGACAGAGAUUUCGAAUGAGAAGACAUGUAUUUCUUCGGAUAGUAGAUGCUCUCUCAAAUUCCUAUCCGUAUUUUCAACAGAGGGUCGAUGCAACUGGGAGAAGAGGCUUGUCACCACUCCAAAAAUGCACUGUUAUGAUACGAAUGUUAGCAUAUGGCGUAGCUGCUGAUGCCAUUGAUGAUUAUGUGUGCAUAGGAGGGAGCACUACAAUUGAAUGCUUGGAAAAUUUUGUUGAAGGUGUCAUUUUGGUGUUCGAGGAUGAAUACUUGCGAAAACCAAAUUCAAAUGAUGUACGACGCCUGCUACAAAUGGCGGAAGGUCGUGGCUUUCUUGGCAUGUUGGGUAGCAUUGUCCAAAGGCGUGGAAAAGUAUGUACAUGA